AGACCCAAUUCCUUCCUCUUGUCGCGUGGAACCGUACAGCGCCGCCAAUCCACUCCCCGAGAACCAUCCUACCAUGACUUCCCUUCCUCCUCUUCCGGAGGGUGGAGAAGUCGAAGAACAGGCCAUCGUUGCCGAAGAUACUCAAGGUUCUUCUAUUCGUGAAAGUGAAGUCGCGGGUUCUCACAAAUCUGCGGCUUCUCAUGAAAAAGAAGUUGAGUCUGAAGCCAGUGAAUCGACGCAAUCCCUUCCUCCUGCUGUUUCUCCCAAGAACAAAAGGAAAAGGACUAAUGUUGAAGAUUCUGGCACCUCUAAGGCUGAAGAAGUUGUUCCUUCUCAUCCGAAGGCAACUUACGAUCUUUAUGCUGAAUCCCUCAUCAGCUCCGAUGACGAGGAAGAAGUUCCAACUACUGACGUGGCUCCUCGGACAAGCACGUCACGUACUGUACUUGCCUCAGACACGCUAGUUGAAGGAGAAGAAACCUCGCCUCCUCAACAAAACGUCGUCACCACUACUCCGCCAUCAAGCCUAUGGAUUGUACAUUAUCUUCUUUUUCCCACCUAG